CAGCUGAGCAGCUGUUACUCCUCUCCGCCGCAGAGGCACCGACACACAUGACAUACAACCAUCGAACAGAUAAGAACGUCGAGAUGCAGGCGAAGGAGACGAGUACAAGUAUGUCUCACCUCUUCUGUUCGGCCAUGAGAGACGACCAAGUCUUUGUGCGUGUGUGUCGUCUUGGAUCCAUCUUCGCUUGAUCCAGAAAACUCUUAUUUGUCUUAUCCAAUUGCAUGCGCUUCAUGGAACUAAGACACGGUGGGUGCGUCCUCCUGGCCUUGUUAUUCUCCUUCUUUAGCUCCUCCUGCGGCCGGACAUCGACUGAUGGAUCGGCGUCCCACUCGAUGGAUUCCCUGAUUCGAGAUCGUGCGUUUCACGAGCUGGUCCGGCGCCGCACCGGCGUGGCGUACCGCGUGCCCCUCCCGGCGAAUUUGUCGGCCAUGGAGGCUUCGGUUCUGCGGCUGAGGAGCAGCAGUCUGUGGAGGCGAGGAGCCAAUCUGUGCGCAUCCCACAUUCCUCCAGGAACACUUGCAGUGCCUCACGUCAGGCGAGUCGUGGUCGUGUACCAGAACUGGAGAGGCAUGUCGGCUUCGUACUUCGGCGUGCCGGGCUACGAACUUGCUGCUCCUGUCAUCGGCCUCUUCCUUUACGACGCAUCCGAUAACGCAAGCUCGGCAGAGCUCGAUCUCAGGGUGACGGAAGACCCAGUAUCCAUCAGAUUCCCAGUCGCUGCACCGGAUUCCUCGACGAGAUGUGCUAGGUUCGACCGAGAUGGGUCGGUGCAUCUCCAGAAUCCGGCAUCAACAGGCGAGUGCACGGCGAGGAGCACAGGGCACUUCACGAUCAUCGUGCCGUCAGGGAGCUCUUCAGGCCACGCUCCUGCAAGUAAAGAGAAGAAGUGGAGGGUUUUGGCCAUGGACAUCGUCGGGGGAAUGUUUGCCUUGGCUUUGGUGGUUCUGAUGGGAGUGGGUAUACGUAGACUGGUGAAGAAGAAGAGGACGAUGAAGCAGAUCGUGAGACAUGCGGAAGAGAAUGAUGCACUGGGAGCUGCCUGUGUUGGGAAGAGCAGGAUGCCAUCGGCAGCGAUGACUAGAACUCGGCCACGUAUGGAGAACGAAGAUGCACCCAUGACAUGAGAUGGAAAGGAGAGAUUGCUGGUGAAGUGUUCAUAGGCCAUUGUUUUGAUUCGAUUGGCUUUUCUUUCUUUAGAGUAGCAUGGGAUAUAAUUGAAGUUUUAAGUGUAGAGUUGAAUUCAGAUUGUG